AUGCUGAAACAUUCUCUGAUCCUGAUUCUGAUCCUUGUGGUUGCAGUCUGCUGUUUUGCCGCGGAAUUGCCAGGAAAUGCCUACUUGCCACCAUUGAGACAUUAUCAGCAGCUUCCCGAUGAUAUUCGCCCAGCUGACAAUGGAUUUCCCGUCGACAUUGGCCAGGAUUCGUUUGAGAGGUACGCACCCAUCUUCGUGGACUAUCCGGAAGUGCAUCCUUUGCUCAGAGAGCAGCAGGAAUACGCAUUGGAUCUGCCCUUCGAGGAGAAACACCAUUAUCGGAAGACAUCAGGUCCUGAAAGUGAUGCUGCCGCCAAUCGAAAUUGGUAG